AUGGCGGUGAUAAUUCCUAUACUCCUUGAUGUGGAUAGAAAAACACAUGGGGCCAUAUUUGAAAAACACUCCCGCCGAAAACUAGUAAUAAACCUGAAGUUGCCUAAUAAGAGACACGUUGAGAGGCAGGCAUGCUCGUCUGGCCGUGGAGUGCGAGCAGCGGUCAAGGAGCGAGGGAGCACUCACGUCGCGGCCCACAGCUCGCCGAGAAGACCUGAAACGAUCCAGUACAUUCACUUUGCUAACAGUUCUGACGUGGACGACCGACCAUCACCCUCAUCCAAGAUUUGUGUCACGCGCGAGGACGAGAACACCUGGACGCUCCACAUCCGCCAGGUCACCCCGGCCGACACGGGCUACUACGUGUGUCAGGUCAACAUGGAACCCACGAUCAACCAGGUCGGCUACGUGCAGGUCGUUGUCCCGCCCGAAUUCAUCGACGAGGAGAGCAGCGCCUCCCACGUGGCGGUGCAGGAGGGCAACGACGUGCGCCUCGUGUGCAGGGCCAAGGGCGUUCCGAGGCCGAGCAUACACUGGACGCGCGAAGACGGGAAGACCUUCACCACCGUGCGAGGGAAUCAAGUGAAGAGAAUCGAGAGCGAGGAACUUGUCUUGAACGGAGUCACAAGGAAAGACAUGGGAGCCUACCUGUGCAUCGCCUCCAACAAGGUCCCUCCGUCGAUAAGCAAACGCAUAGUUUUGGAAAUACACUUCCAGCCCCUGAUCACAGUGCCGAACCAGCUGGUCGGGGCGCCCAUUGACACCACGGUGACCCUCGAGUGCCACGUCUCGGCCUUCCCCAACGCCGUGCACUUCUGGCGGUUCAAGGGCCAGCUGCUGAUCAACUCGACGCGGCAGGAGACCCAAGAGAUCAAGAACGGCUACAAGACGACCAUGAGACUGUCGCUGAGGAACCUUCGAGGCAGCGACUUCGGGACGUAUGUGUGCGCCGCCAAGAACUCGCUCGGGGAGACGGAGAGCACUGUCAGACUCUACGGAGUUUCAGUAGGACUACUGAGAACUAUCUUUGACAUGUACAUUCACUAA